AUGGAGUGUAGAGAGGCAGUAAGUGCAGGGACUGGUUUGGGCCAGGGCAGCUCAGACCCCUUUGCCCUCACUGACCCUUCCGCCCUCACUGACAACCCACAAGCCAUGCUGACCGUGGUAGUGGAAGUAGAGUCCGGGAGAAGAUCAGGUUCUGAGGAGAUCUGUCACCCUACGCUCCUUCUGGAGGGGCCCAAAAGCAUCCACCUGCUUCAGCCAGGGACUCUGGAUCCACAGGAAGCAGAGCGGGAGCUGCUGGCACAGGUCCAGUCCACACUGGGCUCUGUGGGCCAAGGAUACAGUGUGGCCCUGCUGCUUCGGGGUCGGGAAACAGAGGAACCCCGGCUGGUGCCUCAGCUGCUGCAGAUGCUGUUCGAGGAAGCUCUGCCCUCCAGGGGCUCUGAUUCUGUGCUCAGCACGCUUAGCCUGGUGCAGCUCAGCCCCAGCGGGAGGACUCAGGACCUGCUCUCUCCAAGGGCAGAGAACCUGUCGGUGCUAGAUGUAGCUCCUCUGGGCUUGGUGGUGGAAGACGCCAGUGAAGUGGAAGUGUCUGACUCAAGAGCUGCCUCAGAGCUGUACUUGCAGGCCACAACGGGUGAAGGCAGAGACUGUCCCCUGCUGCAGGUGUUGGCUGGUAAGGUAGCUGGUGCGGAAGUGGAGGGCUCUCUACCCUGGAUUGUCUCAUGGCUCCUGGAAGGAAAUAACUAUAGUGGCCUUCUUCUUCGCCUGGACCCUCAAGGCAGCAAUCUGAGCUUGCUCCAGGCUGCUCUCAUGGGGGCUGCUGGAAGGAGGAUACAGGUGAAGCAGGUGAGUCCCACUCUAUGGGAUGCAGCAGAAGAGGUUCGAGCCCGCCGAGCCGGCCUGAAGAGCCUGCGUUCAGGCCUCCUAGGGGACUCCUUGACAGAAAGUGGGGUCAACCAGCUGGGCAGGGCAUUGCGGGAGUUGCAGUUGGUAAAAGCCUGGAGCCAGCGCUCAGGAAGCCGGAUGCUCAAAGGGGUCAAAGCUGAGGCCAUGGGGCUCCCAGAACCACAGGCCCAACAGGCUCCAGAUGUGGCCCUACAGUUCUUCCUGGCCCAGGCCCGGAGGCAGAGACUGAAAGAACAGCAGCAAAUUAGGAUCCAAGAGGAACUGAAACAUUUGGAACAAGAGGAGGAGGAAGAAGAGGAGGAAGCAGGAGACCAGGUCAAAGGCCUGAUGGCUGGAGAAGAGGUGAGGAGAAGACAGAGAUGGCACCGGGAACAGAUUGUGCUGAGACUCCAGCUGGAAGCUCUUCAGGCAGAGCGGGACACUGCGGAGCAGGACCUCACAGCCCUCUAUGACCUGCAUGUGAAAGCCACCCGAGCUCAGACAUGCCAUGUGCUACAGGUAUUCCAAGCCUGGCGGGGGCUGUGGGAGGAACAGACCAUGAUCACGGAGCAUCACCACCGUAGCCUGCUGGCUGGCGUCCUGCAAGACACCAUUGACCUGGCCGCACAGAACCAGGAGCUCCAAGCCCAGAACCAGCAGCUUCGGCAGGGUGUGCAUUGGGCUGGAUCCCGGUUCUAGGGAGGAAUUUGGUGAUCAGGAUUCCUUCAGGGGCAGUUUCUUCUCUCCUCAUUCUUGAGGGUUUUAAAAGGGAGAGGAAGUUGGGAUGUAAUAACCAAGCUAAUCUUCAUUAUGGAUAAUUAAUACCAUCAUUAACCAGGUCUCAUCGUGCCAGUCCCUAAGUGCCUAAUAUCUACUAUUUCAUUUAGCCUUUUCUACUAUCUGAUAUAAUUGUAGGUAAAAUUGACCCCCAUUUCAGAGAUAAAGCAACUAAAACUAGGAGAGUUUAAGUUAUUGCCAAAGGACAGUCAGCUAGUAAGUGAUAGAGCCAGAAUUCAAGUGCAAGUCUGGUUGGCUAUAGCUCUACACAGCAGACAGUAGUGGUUCACAAGCUGCAGCGUGCCUCAGAAUCACCUAGGAAGCUUCUUAAAA